AGUAUAUAUUGUUUCAUUUCCAUGGAGGGAUCCAUAGGCCUAAGAAAAGGUGCAUGGGCUAAGGUGGAAGAUGACCUUCUAAGAGCUUGUGUUGAACAAUAUGGAGAAGGAAAGUGGCACCUAGUUCCUUCUAGAGCGGGGUUGAACAGAUGCCGCAAAAGCUGUAGAUUGCGAUGGUUGAAUUAUCUGAAACCAAAUAUAAAGCGAGGAGAGUUCGCUGAAGAUGAAGUUGAUCUCAUGAUUAGAAUGCAUAGACUUUUGGGAAACAGAUGGUCCUUAAUUGCUGGAAGACUUCCGGGAAGAACGCCAAACGAUGUGAAGAAUUACUGGAACACCUAUGUUCGAAGGAAUAAUAAGCACACUUCAUCCUCAUCAACACCAUCAGUACCCUCUCCUUCAUCAGUGGUGACGACAGUGAAACGUCAUGACCAUAUUAAUCAUCAGGUAAUAAAACCUCAUCCCCGAACUUUCUCGAAAGCAUCGCCAUGGUUAUUAUUAAAGAAAACAUCUGCAAGUGGUGAUCAUAAUAAUAGCAAGCAAAGGGAUGGGGCCAAAGCAGAAGAAGAGUGCACCGAUAAUAAUAAUAAUGGUUCUGGUGGUGGAUGUGAUGAUGGGGACACGUGUCGGGACAAGAACGGUGGCAAAGGGGAUGAAGAGAAGUUGAACGACGGAUGCUUACUCUCAGUCUCAGGUGCUGAGGAAGAAGAAGAAGAAGAAGAAGAAGACUGGAAGCUGCUUUUACCUGACUUCAAUUGGGAUGCUCAUAAUGAUGAUCACUUCUUGAAGGACGCUUCUGAUGCUGACCAGGAUAUGCUUAUUAAUGUCCAUGGUCAAACUUGGAGUGAUAUCCUUCUUGAUAUCAAUUUGUGGGAUCCACAAUAAUUAUGUUUUUUAUCUGCUAAUAAAUUAUUGCAUGAUGUGAUCUAACUUUCUGAUAUUUAUUUAAGAUGACGAGUAUUGUUCAAUCAAUACAAGUUGGUUAUCUGAGUAACCAUCUAUAUUCUGCUGAAUCAAAGCUUCCUUCAUGAUCCUAGCGGAGAUGUUCGAAACAAUGAACUUGGCUUCCUUCUGGUGCUGUUUGGGAGCUUUUGAACUCUUUUUCGACUUCACGGACUCUGUCCCAUCGGGGGCAAAUGGCUCCGGAUUGAGAAUCUUUUUCUUCCUCUUCCCCAUUGACGAAGCUCCUUAUCCACCA